AAAAUUAUAUUGACCACAUUUAAAAAAAACUGUAAUACCUCUUAAAGUUACAUUCACCAAACAGGAAUGUAUGUAUUUAUUUAUUCAUUGGUAAAAGCUUAGAUGAAAUGUAUUCACAUUUAAGUAUAAUUGUUAAUAUAUUUAUUUGUUUAUUGUAUUCGAACACCUGUUUUUUUUACCUAAACGAUAUAGUCCUUCAAGAAAAUGUAAGUUUUAACUGAAGCUGGAUUAUUUUCUUUAGCUUUGCAUCCAUCACUAGGUGGUGCCAGAAAUAAGCACAGAUGAGCUUUUUCUUAACACUCACGGUUGCAUUGUUGUUGUGCAGUAAAGGAAAACUAUGUAAAGACUAUGGCAACAGUCACAAAAGACGCCCAUAUCUGGGUUCAACUGAAUGACUUGAGCUUUAAAUUUGUUCCGUGGACCUUCUGUGAAAGGCCUGGCUUUGUCGCAGGAUGAAUAACACGUUUUAUUCCAUUUUAAAAGGAAAGGGCAUUAAGAAAGGCUAUGAAUUUUAAGCUCACCCGAGUGUGAAAACUAAGCCUGCCUGUUUUAGCCCUAAAAAGAGCAUCUGUGUGACUAUAUUUCUAGUAAAUAUAAUCAUAAACACAAUCAUUUCUAGAACAGUCGUGACAACGUCGAGGACAUGACCGUGAUGAAAUCUCCUCCAACGACAGGAAAGUUACAGGAAAAUGCAAGAAGAAAGACCAAACGUUUAAUGUGUUGCUUAGUUUUAAAAUUGAAAAUGAAAAUGUCUUGUUUUUAUGAUACCGAGCCGAUACCGACAUUGAAAAGAAGGUCUAGGAGUCGUCAAGAAACUAUUUUUGUUUCUCAGACACGCUCACAAACCCAUUAGGAGCCGAUGGCGUCACGCUGCACGUGUGACGUCUGUGAAUGUGAUGCAUGUGGCUGUGGAGUAACUGUCCAUGGUGCUGAAACCGCCGCAGCGUCGGGAUGCGCCUUCCGGACUCUCGCAACAUCGACGCGCGCAUUUUCUGAGCGCGUGUUCAUACACCCGAAAUCCGCAGCGAGGCUCGAAAUUGUGUCGGAAUGCUGCCCAACGACACCUUCAAAAACCUGGAGGAUGGUUUCUAUCUGUCAAACUCGUCCAGCAACGAGACGCAUAGCGGGGAUUCUCACGGCAGCAGCGCGAUCUUCAUCUCCUUCAUCUAUUCCGUGGUGUGUCUGGUGGGACUCUGUGGGAACUCGAUGGUGAUUUACGUGAUCUUCAGGUAUGCGAAGAUGAAAACUGCGACGAACAUCUACAUUUUGAACUUGGCGAUCGCGGAUGAGUUACUCAUGUUGAGUGUGCCUUUUUUAGUCACCUCUUCUUUACUUCACCACUGGCCCUUUGGUUCUCUCCUGUGCCGAUUGGUUUUAAGUGUUGAUGCCAUUAACAUGUUCACUAGCAUCUAUUGCCUGACUGUGUUGAGCAUCGAUCGCUACAUCUCCGUGGUGCACCCCAUAAAAGCAGCUCGGUACCGGAGACCCACCAUCGCCAAAAUGGUCAACUUGGGGGUCUGGAUGUUCUCCAUCCUGGUCAUCCUGCCCAUCAUCAUCUUCUCCACCACUGCACCCAACUCCGACGGAUCGGUGGCUUGCAACAUGCAGAUGCCCGAGCCCGAGCGUCAGUGGAUGGCUGUAUUCGUGAUCUACGCCUUUCUGAUGGGCUUUCUCUUUCCCGUCAUUGCCAUCUGCAUGUGCUACAUCCUCAUCAUAGUGAAGAUGCGGGUGGUCGCCUUGAAAGCGGGCUGGCAGCAGCGCAAAAAGUCCGAGAGGAAGAUCACGCUGAUGGUGAUGAUGGUGGUCACGGUGUUUGUGAUCUGCUGGAUGCCUUUCCACAUCGUGCAGCUGGUCAGCGUGUUCGUCCAGCAGCACAACGCCACUCUCAGUCAGCUGGCUGUCAUUUUGGGAUAUGCCAACAGCUGCGCCAACCCCAUCCUGUACGGAUUCCUGUCAGACAACUUCAGACGCUCCUUCCAGAGGAUUUUAUGCCUGCGCUGGUGGGAUAACGCCACGGAGGAGCCCAUAGAUUACUAUGCCACGGCUCUGAAGAGUCGAGGAUACAGUGUGGAUGACUUUCAGCCGGACAAUCUGGAGUCGGGCAGCACGUACAGGAAUGGCACCUGCACAUCUAGAACUACAACGCUGUAGGACUCGGUAUUACAGCAUAAAAAUUGUUGUCAUUGCAGUAUGUGUUUUGUGCUGAAAUGUAUUGGUAAGGCUUCAUAACAACCUUCGUUAAUGCCAUUAUUAGAUUAUAUAAUGCUCAAUCAGAAGUGAAUGUGCAUUUUAAUGUGCACUAUGAAUGCGCAUGAACUUUUACGCACAUUAUAUAAUGCUUUGAAUGGCUUAUUAAUGAAAGUUGUUAUUAAGUGUGUCGAUGUGGGGGGAAAAAAUGUGUGACGUUCAGAUAAAAAAAACUAAAGAAAAGAAAUAUCCGCCGCCAAAUAUUUAGUUGUUUAUUUUGAAAUUGAAUAAAACCUGGGGAAAUCGUUCA